AUGCCGUCGCUCGGCGUCCCCGCGUGGCGCGUCGCCGUCAAGGCGGCGCUGAAAAAGAACGGCAAGAGCGCGUGCGCCAAGUUCGCGCAGUUGGCGACGGUGCGCGCGUCCACGGGCGCGCCCGCGGUGCGAACGGUGGUGUUUCGGGGAUUCGGCGACGCUUUUCGGGACGACGACGACGACGACGCGCGCGACGACGGCGACGAAGCGAACGCGCUGACGUUCUGCGCGGACGCGAGGUCGGAAAAGAUCCGAGACAUCGCGGGCGACGCCAGGGGCGAGAUCGCGUGGUACUUUCCGGAGACGCGGGAACAGUUUCGGGUGACGGGGACGCUGGCGUGCGCGACGAGCGAAACCGCGGCGAAAGACGCGAGGGGCGAGGCGCGGAGGCGGAAUUUGUGGCGGAAAAUGCGCCGGGGGGCGAGGGGACAGUUUAUGUGGCCGGCGCCGGGGGAAACGCGGGCGGAGGUGGGCGAGGGGGGGCGAGAUCCGCACGACGUGGACGAGGACGACGCGCGCUUGGACGACGAGACGGUGGGCGAACACUUCGCGUUGGUGGCGCUGCGCGCCGAUCGAAUCGAUCAUCUGUCGCUGAGAAAGAACGAGCGGGUGAUGCACGAGAUCGUGGACGGGACGUGGACGUCGACGCGCGUGAACCCGUGA